AUGGACAGACUGUCAACCCUACUAAAACGUUCAACGGUGUUCAAGUUCCUGUAGUCCUGUGGACCUAUCCAGUAUGUCAAACGCGGACAGAGUUGUGUUAGCUCUCGGUGGAGCAGGAACAGUAGGCUCUGGAAUAGUUAAAGCCCUACUUGAUAAAGGUUUUAAGGUAGCAGUGAUCUCCAGAGACAACAGCAGAUUGGAGAAGCUCAGGGGGUUUGUUUCUCCAUCCACCAGAGACAACCUCACCACCCUGGUGGGAAAUGUUGGUUCUGAGGAGGGGGCAGAGGUGGUCAAGCAGACCCUUCUCAAGUCUGUUGGCAAAGUGACAGACAUAGUGUCAUCUCUGGGGUUCAGCUGGUGGCAAGGUGGACCGCCACACACUCAGACUCUGAAAGAACUACAUUGGGUGAUUGAGACAUUGCUGUUCAGCACCUUUGUAUCAUGGAAGGUCUUCUUUCCACUUGUGAGAGACGACCCCAACUGCACCUACACCUUUAUCACAGGUGGUGCUGGCGAGAAGCUGUUGAUGCCAGGCACAGGCUUCCUGACUGUUGGGGCCGCAAGCACCCUGGCAUUCUGUCAGGUGCUACGCGAGGAGUACCCAGAAGUGCCCUGCAAACUCAACCAGGUAAAAAUCAACACAGGUGUGGCCCCUCCAGAACGCAUGGCUCCUGGUUAUCUAAACCACCUGGACCUUGGUGAGGCUGUGGCCACAUUGGUGGAGCGAAAGAGCUCCAGCCACACCGUGUUUCCUGUCAACUGCCCCGCAGACUUAAAACAUGUCAUUCUAGAAGGCAACCUUUAAGGCCUCCCUCUCUCUGCCAUUACUCCCUGCAGACUCAAAACUAUAGAGCUUGAGUCCACCCACAUCCAUUUUUAUUAUAUAAUCAGUUCAUGUGGUUGUUUUCUUUGCAUGUCAAUUAAUUCCCAUAAGGAAAAUGCCAAGCUUUAUGUGACUUUCAUUGAUCCAGUGCUCAUGCACCUGAACCACAACAUAAUGCACAGAGUCAAUGGGCGUGUACAGGUGCUUACAUUAUAGAUGAUGUACUGUAGAUACCCUCUGUUGGGAAAAUACAGAUUGACUUUAGGUUGAGGCAGGAAAAGACGGCAGGACGGGGGCUUGGCACACUGGUGUCCCCCUAGCGUGACACUCUGUCCUGUUCACAGGCGCCCUCCACGCACCCCUGCCCUUCCCUUAAUCUGGGACCAAUUAUCUAGGACAGCAGAUCCUAUAAAUAAACAAUGUAGGGUGAGAAGGUGGUAGGUCCCCUGGACGCCAGAGCUGAUAGAGGGAAAGAAAUAUCACAGGGUGCAUUGUUCUCUUUGUUUACUGCUCUGUUCUUGGCAUACAUGCUUUAGCAACAAGAAUGUAUAUUUGUCAUGCCAAUAAAGAAACCUGAAUUG